UGGAAGGUCUAGUUCCCGCGCCCUUUCACUUUCUCUCUCAUUCUUUCUUUCCUUUCCCCUCUUCCCCUUAAUCUCUCACUGCCAUUGCUGCAGCAGCUGCCUGAGCUCUGACAGUUCUAUUAUCACGAUCUCCGUCGGGGGAAAAUUAGGUAUUCAAAUCCUCCCUAUCCUCCUUCCGAAUCUCCCGUCAAUUCUUUGAAAUUCCGCACAGAGAGAUAGAGAGAGAGAAAGAAAGCGAGAGAGGGGGGAAAUUAGAAAAUUCAGGCGGCGAUUUUUACGGCAGAGAGAUGGUGUGGCUUCGGAGUCAGGAAGCCGAUCUGCUCAGUAAGCGGUACGAGGAGUUUAAGGAGAAGCAGCCGAAGGGGGAAGGAAGCGGCCGCCGCCGCCCCCGCCGAAGGCAGAGCUCCGAGCAUAGGGGCUCUUCUGCGCAUGUUAAGUACAAUGUAGGUUCAAGGAAGUAUGGCGGUGAUAGCGACGAUGACGACGAUGACGGCGAAGAAGACGGCAGCGUGGUGUUUGUCGGCAUGGAUCCGGCCGGGAGCGUUUCUGCGGCGGCGGCGACGGAGGAGGAGCAGGAGGACAGUGAUGAGAACGAUGUGCAGUACAUGGGGAGCAACAGAGAGUCUGAUUACGAUCAGGGGAGAUUUCCGGGAGAUGUCGCGACGACGGGAGAGAGCAAGACCGGCGGCGGAGGAGGGGAAAAUGUGGCUAAAAGGAAUGGGGACUCCGAUACUGUACAGGACGGCGAUAAUUGUUCGGAGGAUUCUUGGGAGGAGGUGGAGACGGCGGAUGCAUGUUCGAGCGAGUCGGAGAGGGAUGAUUCUGACGAUGGUGAUUAUGACGAGGGUUCUGUGUCUGAGGCCUCCGACGACCUAGACGAAAAAUCAGAAGCUGAAGAAGAAGAAGAUGAAGAAGAAGAAGAAGAAAAGGAAGAAGAAGAUGAUGAUGUACAGAUUCUUUAUGUGAAAACUGUGGAGUCUAGUGCCGGUAAUGGUGGAACUGAGGCUAAAAUCUGCGAGGAAAGAGCUGCCUCGUUAAGCUCCAACGGAGAAGUGGGCAUAGAGAAGGACGAUGAUGAUGUAGAGAUUAUUGAUACGGAAACUGUAGAGUCUAGUGCUGGUAAUGGCGGAACUAAGGCUAAAAUCUGUGAGGAAAUGGCUGCGGCGUUAAGCUCCAAGGGAGAAGUGGGCAUUGAGAAAGACGAGGAUGAUGAUGUAGAGAUUAUUGAUAUGAAAACUGUAGAGUCUAGUGCUGGUAAUGGCGGAACUGAGGCUAAAAUCUCUGAGGAAAGAGAUGCGGAGUUAAGCUCCAACGGAGAAGUGGGCAUAGAUAAGGAUGAUUAUGAUUAUGAUUUUGAGAUUAUUGAUGCUGAAACUGCUGGGUCCAGGGCCGGUAGUGGCAGAAAAGAAGCAGGCGAUGAAAAAGUUGAUGAGUUGAGUUCCUACAAUGAAGAAGUGGGCAUGGAGGAAGCGAAACAAGGAGUAGAAGAUGAUGAGCAACAUCACAUCACUCCAUCAGGAAACUCUGAAGAUGAAAAUGAGUUGGACCGUCUUUGGGAUGAAAUGGCCAAUGCUCCAUAUGAAAACCAGGAUAGUUCGGAUAUUCCAAAGGUCCCACAGGAAGAGAGAGGAGAUGAUGCCAGGAGGGAGAGAAGAGUGGGAAGAUUUAAAAGGAAAGCUGAAACUGAUGAAGGAAAUGAUGUUGGGAUGGAGAGAAGAGGGAGGAAAGUUGAAAGGGUAUCUGAAACUGGUGAAGGAGAUGAUGUUGCAAAGGAGACAAGAGGGAGGACAGUUGAAGGGGGAGUUGAAACUGAUAAGAGUGGAAACGAAGAUAGCCAUGGAGCAGGUUGGUGGUGGGCCGGAGAAGUUACGAAAGUUCAAGAUGCAGUACUUGGGUCUUCGGAUCCUCCAAUUUCGAUAGAUUUGGUGGAGCGGGAGAAUAGUGAUGCUGCUGAAGGAUCAUGCAGCAGUGAUCAGGCUAAGCAAAAGAACAGUGCAGCAGAGCAAAGAAGGAAUCAGCAAAGCUCGUGGCAACCCAUUCGGGAACAACUUAAGGAGGUUGAUGUUGUUAACAUUCUUGCUCGUUCUGUACUGGGAGAUGCAGAGUUACCGGUUGAGGAUGAUGAGGCAGAGGAACCACCAGCCGAGGAGCAGCAACAAUGUGUUGUUCGGAAGAUCAGUCAAGAUGAACAGCCAGCUCCACCAGAGAAAUCGGAGGAGGAAAAAGAACUAGACAGUCUUUGGGAUGAAAUGGCCUUAGCUCAAUAUGAAAAUGAGGAUUGUCCCCGUGUUUCAGAGGCCCCAGAGCAAGUUGAUGUUUCUUCCCCAGGCGUUAAAGCGGAUCCUUUCACACUUUGUAGGCAAGGCAAGCAUCAGUUAGUAGUCGAUGAUGAAAUUGGUCUCCUGUGUAGAUACUGCUCUUUUGUGCAAGUGGAGAUAAGAUAUCUUGUAGCACCUUUUGCCGAAAAGUAUUACCGAACAGUGAACAGAGGAACUUCCAACAAAGGGGAGAAAGAAAUACCCGAUGGACCUGCUGACUGUGAUUCCGAUGCUCGAUUGGAUCAUAGUCGCCAGUGCAUGCUCGAUGAGGGUACAGUCUGGGACAUCAUUCCUUGGAUUCGGAAAGGGUUGCAUAAGCAUCAGCGAGACGGUUUCGAGUUUCUGUGGAGAAACAUAGGAGGAGAUAUCCGUCUGAACAAGUUGAAAGAAGCAGAGUGUUCAGGUGGAUUGAGUGGAUGUGUAAUAUCACAUGCUCCGGGGACAGGAAAGACCCGACUCACCAUAAGAUUCCUGCAGACUUACAUGAAAAAGUACCCGAAAUGCAGGCCGAUGAUCAUUGUUCCUUGUAGCAUGCUACUGCCUUGGGAAGCUGAAUUCAAAAGCUUGGAAGUACCCGAACCUCGUCACAACUUGAAUGAUCUCAAAUUAACGGGCAAGGAGAGUGUCGUGGCUACCGAUCUUUUGAAGGAUAUCAGGGAUGCUCAAGCUGUCCGCUGGGUGAAGCUAUACUCGUGGCAGAGAGAAACUGGAAUUUUGUUGCUAAGCUACACUCUCUUUGAGGAACUUGUUGGGAAAGGCAUGAGAAAGAAGAGGAAGAAUCAAGGUGAUGACAGCAGCCCAAGCAAAGCAAAGGGUAAGCCUGUAGAUGAAAGAAUUAGGCAAGUGCUUCUUGAAGUUCCUGGUUUGAUGGUCCUUGACGAAGGACAUACAGCACGAAACGAAAGUAGCCUUCUGUGGAGAGCUUUGUCCAAAGUGAAAACCGGGAAGCGGGUUAUUCUCUCUGGAACUCCAUUUCAGAACAACUUCGAAGAGUUCUUCAAUACACUCUGGUUGGCGAGGCCCAACUUCCUAGAUAGCAUAUCAACCUUCAAAUGGGUGAGUGAAAAGGACAGGAAGCGCGGUCGUGAGUUAACUGAAGCCAGGAAAAAAUGGCAAACGAUGACCAAACAUCUUCACAAAAGCACCAAUGAUGGGGUUAAGGACAAACAGUGGAAAGACCUUAGGGCUCUGAUCAAUCCUUUUGUCCAUGUCUACAAUGGUGGUAUACUGCAAGAGAAACUACCUGGCUUAAGAACCUCCGUUGUGAUCUUAAACCCAGCUGAUCUUCAGAAACGCCUUCUCACCAGAGUUCAAACAAUUACUCAGAAGCUCGAAUCGGAACAAGAGAGGAAGAAUGAAGGAACAACAGAGAGGAAAGAUCCGUCCCAGUAUUUCCAAAAGGAACAUGCGCUUUCUGUAGCUUCGGUGCACCCUUAUCUGCUCAAGAACUGCAGUGGAGUGUUCCAAGUAGCAGCACUCGCUGAUGCUGAUGAGCUGACAAGGAGCAAGCUGGAUCCUGAUGCUGGAGUCAAAACCAAGUUCCUCAUGGAGCUCAUCAAGAUCAGUGGGAUGAUCAACGAGAAAGUCCUGGUCUUCAGUCAAUACCUUGAUCCAUUGAGAAUGAUAGCUGAGCAGCUCAAUGCCCGGUUCGAGUGGACACCAGACAAAGAUUUCCUGUACAUGCAUGGAGGGCUGGAUGUGAAUCAGCGUCAGUCUGUGAUGAAGAAAUUCAACGAUCCCAGCACCGAUGCUAAGGUGUUUCUUGCAUCGACAAAGGCAUGUUCUGAAGGGAUCAGUUUAAUUGGUGCUUCGAGGGUGGUAUUGCUGGAUGUCGUGUGGAAUCCUUCUGUCACAAGGCAGGCCAUCAGCAGGGCUUACAGGCUAGGGCAAACCAAAGUGGUUCAUGUCUAUAAUCUGAUCACUUCUGGCGCAAUUGAAGAGCAGAAGUACUCUCGCCAACUCAGGAAGGAUAAACUGUCCGACUUGGUUCUUUAUUCUGCAGAAGGUGCUGAUUCUUGCAGGAGGGAAUCGUCGAGACAUUUGUCCGAGGAUGAAAAGGAUAGAGUUCUGGAGAAGAUGCUCGAUCUUGUCAACCUCAAGGAUAUGUUCAAGAAUGUCAUUUAUCAGCCCAAAGAGGAUCUGGCAUAUAACUAGCUAGAUCAUGAAAUCAUGUUCCAUCUGCUACUGCUGCUGCUACUUUUGGUAUAUGGAUUACUCUUUGAUCAACCCUUUUGUGAAAAUCUCUCGAUGGUCUCCCAAAGGUGUAGUCUUUUUAGGUUUAGGUGUAAAUGACUAGAGAUAUUUAGAUAUGAACAGUGCCUGGAAGCCAUAUUUAGUUGCUCCAUUUUGGUUUUUUGGUGGCUGUAGUCGUCACUUCAGAGCUACUGAAUUAAGAUGGUCCAGAAGCUAACUGGUUAAAUUGUGCAGAGUUUCCACAUAGUUAUGCUUGGUAAAAGUGUUGCAGCAGGGAGAACAUAGUACAUCAGACUUAUUAUAAAAUAUAUAAUAUUAUUACUUCUGAUAUUGAGCUUUGAUUCA